AUGAAGGCGUUUGCUCUGUUGUUCGCGCUCGGCUGCGCGCGCGCCGAGCUUAUGCCGAAGUGCAUCUACUCUUCGUGCGUCACGCGUGACUCCAGAGACACCGACGAUGGCUGGCUCUUGAAGGAGUAUCUCCUUGAAGGCGCGCAUAUGUCCAUAGCGACUCGAUCGGGCCACUACGCCGUACGUUGGUCAUGCGGAGGCCUGAACCCAGCCGGCUACCUCGCGCCACGCUUCAGUAAGCCUUACGUCGCCUACGAAGUUGAGCUGGUUGACUGCAACGUUCCUCUCGACUCUUCUUACACUGAUCUCUUCAAGAGCCUCAAUAUAAACAGCAAGUACGCCAAAUCCCUCACUAUCAAUUUAAGCACGACACAACCCCAAAUCAGCCAGUGGUUUUCGACAGAUAAUCUACAGAAAAUUAAAAAUAAAUACCAAGCUAGAAGUAACAACUGGCUAACAGCUGCUGCCGACGAUUUGCCUAAAAAUUCCUUAGAACAUUUAACCUUGUGUGGAAUCCCAAUGACCACUGAUCAGUUUAUAAGUAUACAUAAUAUUAUAAGCUUGACUUUAAUUGAAACGGGUCUCGAAGAAGUGAUGGAUUUGGAAGAAUUCUCUAAACUAACACGACUGGAGCUACGAGACCCAUAUUUGCUGAAUGCAGAAAAGUUAAACACUACAAGCAUUGAAGAGCUGGUUCUAUACGCUCCCGAUGCUGGACUAGCCGCCAUGCCUCAUGUACGCAACGCUACCUUUAUAGAAGUCUAUGUGAUGGGAAGGUUAUUCGGGAACUGCAGUAACUUAAAACAUCUAGCUUUGAUAGAUGGGACGCUGUCUGUACUCCCAGAUCAUUGGUUAGUUGGAUGCAGUGCGCUGAAAAGUUUGAAGAUAACACAAUUGCGGAAUCUAAUGCAAAUACCUGGUGAUCUAUUGGCUGAUACAACGGAGCUGCGAUCACUUGAUCUGAGCCACAACAGCUUGGAAACCUUGCCUGAGGGUCUGCUGGACAAUACCAGAAGCCUGGAGUAUCUUGACAUUAGUGACAAUCAUUUGAAGUCCCUCCCUGCGAAGCUCCCGGUUUCGCUUAAAAAAUUGUAUGCAUGUGGCAAUUAUCAUCACUUUCCAUUGGCAUACCAAAAUUUAAAGUUUUUGGAGGAAGGGGGUUGCAUAUAA